AUGUUUUCCACUUCCUUCCUCCUUCUUCUCUCCCUAACACCCCUGAUUUCCGAACAAGUCCUGUGUUUCUUUUGCACAGAAGUGAUUGCUCGUUCGCGCUGCGUGCUAGACCGAAUCUGUCCAACUGAUGGCCAAUCUCCGGAUGCUCUGGGUGUCCCGCUCUCGUUAUCUUCCUACCUGUUGGCCCAUUUCAAGAAGAGACGUGCUUCAAGUGCACUCAUGACCAACCAAAGACGCUCGCGUAGUCUCCACUGUCUUGCUAUCUGUCCAACUGAUGGCCAAUCUCCGGAUGCUCUGGGUGUCCCGCUCUCGUUAUCUUCCUACCUGUUGGCCCAUUUCAAGAAGAGACGUGCUUCAAGUGCACUCAUGACCAACCAAAGACGCUCGCGUAGUCUCCACUGUCUUGCUGUCAUGCUUAUAUACACUUGUCGCAGCCUCCCAUGCUCACUCAUACGUUAG